AUGGCUACCAAUUCCACAGUUGUUGAUGACAGCAGUGUCCCACCUCCUUCAUAUGACACAAUAUUCUCAGCAAUUCCCAUUCAAUUCGGUCAAUCAUCCAUAUUUCCCUUUCAUUGCAUGAAGGAGAAACGCAAAGCUGUUCUAUCCCGCAUCCGCAAUAUUGUCUUAGGCCCUGAUUUUACCCCUUCUUAUGUGGCCCCAAAUGUCAAUGCCUGCACUGCUGUGCUCCCAGCUCAUGAGCUCUCAAAAAUCCUGACAGAACGCAAUAUAGAGGGCCACACAGCACUGUAUUGGGCAAUUUCCUGUGAUUGUAUGGACAACUUGUAUGAUGCAUGCAUGAUAACCAACAACCAUGCAAUUUUUAUGCACCUGAGCUUGGAAUCCAUGCUAGUAAAAGAAGGCGGCUGUUUGAGACGCGCUUUAGGAUGCCCACCAGAUGAAAUUCGGGUACAUACAUGCAAUGAGUGCACCAACCAGUUCAAUGUUGUUUUGAAAAUCAGGAUGUUCCAAAAACGCCUGCGCAUGGCUACCUACAAAGAAUUGUGGUUUGAAUUUGUUGCGGAGGGACGCAUAUGGUGGUUGAAGUUCUAUGCACCUAGCCCAGUAACUAGUGAUAGUGGAAUAUGCCGGAAACCUGGCGCCCAUGCAGCCCCACCUGAAGCGCUGAAAAUUUUAUUAUUAUCGACAAACACAAUUUUUCCGGUCACUGUACCUUCCCGCAUAACGAAUGAGCUGGGUGAUUGGGUAAUGCACGAUAAAACGGAAUAUGUAGAUGACGAGGGCACACUAAAUGCGAAGCUGGAAGUAACAUUGCUAUGA